UGACGACUUUGCUUUUUCGUACCGGUUAUUUGAUAUUGCACGUGAUUAAGACUUCGGCUUUCGGAUUACCCCGAAUUAUAAUGGCUCUCUGCGUGAAUUGUAACAUAGGUAUACAUGCUAAUCAGCAGUAUGACUAUGAUGCUUUAAGCAUGAGUCCUGAAAUAGUCUCAAUACUUGAAGAAUGGAUUACUCGGCAGGUAACUGAUGGAGAUCGCAUUUGCCAAGAAUGCAUGAACCUUAUACUCACGGAACUGAACAACAGAAAUGAGAAUAAUAUUGGUGGUCGACAGCUAGGUCAUCAAUCAGUUUGUGUUUGGUGUGGUAUAUCCAUUUCAAGAAGAACGGGCAGACGUUCUCGUCCCUUAACGGAUGAUCAUCCUGAGCGGGCUUAUGUAGCUGGCAUCAUCAGCCCCCGACAGAUUCCACCAAAUGGUCGAGCAUGUAAUGCCUGUUGGCAAAGGGCCCACAGCAAUAUUCUACAAGUCAUUGAACCACCAAUUGAGUCCCAAGAAACUAGUGACAAUGCAGAAAGUAGGUCCAGCUCUGUAGCUGCACCUGUAAGUACAUUCAGUUCGGAAAUUGAUAUGGACAUAGUUCAAAAUGACAAUGUACUUGUUGAACUAGAAGGUUACAGUCGAACUCCAAAUUCAUCUAACCAUUGUUUUGUUCCCGAUUGUACAAACUCGGAACGUCUAAGAGUUCCUAUUUACAUUAAGAAACAAAUAUUAAUUGACUACAAAUUGUAUGUCUCACCUAAUGCCCGAGUAUGUGAAGAACAUGCAAGUGUAUAUAAUUGGGAACUGUUGACUGAAUAUCAGUUUACAACGCAGUUUACUCAAAGUCAUAUAGUAGAAAUGCUAGAUUUAUUAAGAAAAAAAACAGUAAACAUUAUUGAUUUUGAAAAUGUUGAAAAUAUGAACAACCAUAUUUGUCGUUAUUGGACAGGCUUAACUGUAUUGAACUUUUUAGCACUACUGAGCUGUAUUACAAGUGAAUUGUCAAAUAUAUGUAAAAAACCUAAAACAGCUUUAGGAUUGUACCUCAUGAAAAUAAGAACUGGGGAGCCAAUUAGACGAAUUGCAUCAUUAAUGAGCAUGAAUAAAUCGGUGGCAUGCAGUUAUAUGAAAAAGGCACGUCACUGCUUGAACGAAUUUUAUGUACCUAGACAUUUAGGUGUAAAUCAUAUUCCUCGAACAAGCCUGUCCAGUAGAAACCUUUUAAUCCCACAGGGUCUUUUUGGAACAGCAGAAAAUAACCCCAUAAUUAUUUGCGAUGGGACAUACAUAUAUUUACAGAAAUCAUCUAACUAUCUGUUCCAAAAAAAAACAUAUAGCUUACACAAGUUUGCAAAUCUUGUAAAACCCUUUUUACUGGUGGCCACUGAUGGCCACAUUAUAGACAUAUUUGGCCCAUACGCAGCCACAACAUCAGACGCUACAAUUAUGCGACUGCUGUUCGAAAAUGAAAAUUCGGAGUUAAGGCAAUAUUUUAGACAGAAUGAUGUUUUUAUUCUCGACCGUGGUUUUAGAGACUCUAUCCCAUUAUUGACAUCUUUGGGAUAUACUGUUUGUAAACCUGAGACCCUAAGCGAAGGGGAAACUCAAUUAUCGACUGAAAAAGCCAACAAAUCACGGCUAGUGACACUGUGCAGGUGGGUUGUAGAAGUUGUAAAUGGUCGGUUUAAACGGGAUUUCAAAAUAUUUCGAAAUAAAUAUUUUAAUAUAGGGUCUCAAAACCUAAUGAAUGACUUCAAAAUUGCAGGAGCUAUUUUAAACCAUUUUCAUCCUGUUUUGACUGACCAUCCUGAUGCUCAAAAUAUACUGGAAAGAGCUAAUCAGAGAAUGAACAUGGAAAACUAUUUAGCUAACCAUGUGAUUAGGCAUCAGCUUAAUAGACGCCGAGCCAGUUUCGUCCAUAUAAAUGCUCAAAUGCCACAGCUGAAUGUGUUCCCCAUCAUGGAGAUGUCAGAUUUAGUUUUAUUUAGUUUGGGUAUUUAUCAAAUUAAACAGGCACACUCUUAUUAUGGGGAACAUAUUCGGCCAAAUGGUACUUUUACUGUAGAAGUAAGUGAAGAUGUACAAUUGAUAAAUAUUUCAGGCAUUUCGUCAUCACAUGAGACAGUAUUAAUCAGAGGACGAAUAAAGUCACGCCACAUUAGUAGUCGAGUGUAUUACACAUAUAUUUUAUUGAAAGUGGCAGAGACUAAUUGGCAAAACUGCAUUUCUGAUUAUUAUUGUAGUUGCAUAAUUGGAAAAAGAACUGUUGGAAGCUGUGCUCAUGUGAUGACAAUAGUCUGGUAUCUUGGAUGGGCUCGGCAUCAAAAUAAUAUAUCUCCACCUGCGCAGUUUCUCGACAGUAUUUUAAUAAGAGAAGACGUUGAAAAUGAAGAAAAUCAAUAAAUAAAUACUAUUUAAAAA